AUGUCGCCAUUCAGCAAAUUCGUCCUCGGCUUGAGCCUGGUGACGGCCAUCCUCGGCGCCGCCGUUCCCGUCAUCACAGUUCCCGCUACAAUCUUAACCGUUACCGGCCCCGUCUCCCAUGCUGCCAUCGACACCUCGAUCAGCUGCAUCAAAGACUGGUGCCAGGACGGUGUGUCUAUGUGUCUCUACUGGGGCGGCGUCACUAGCUGGGACGUCUCUCAUGGAGUGAUUCCUGGCAUGACCCAGACCGUCUUCUCUGAGCCCUGCACCGUUUCCGCUGCCGCUUCUACGACUUGGACCAAUGUUUUCAUUGACGGCGAGACACUUGACAGCAAAGCGGACAUUGAAUUCAAUGGUAUAUCGCUGGUGACAGCCAAAGCUGUCGUCAAUUCCCCAAGCUCAUCUGUCGGCAACGUGACGACUACAUCAUCGACGAGCAGCAUCUUGUGCAAUCCGACGUACUGUCAGGACAGUACCUUGUACUGCCACUACUGGGCGGGCGUGACGGGCUGGGAUGUUUCGCUAGGGCUUGUGCCUGGGAUGCAGCGCAGUUCAAUUGGGGAGUGUGAGCCCGUGACGGGCUCGGCCUCUCUGAUUGAUUCCGCUGCGGUCACGGCCACGGCCACGAGUACAGCAAAAUAA